AUGCAGCCUGUUCCCGCAGGUUAUCCUAUAGAAAGGCUGUCUGGACCUUUGAUAGUCGCCUAUCUCUUGCACUGGGGACUCUUCGGGACCCUUUCUGUGCAGCUCUACCUAUUCUAUCUGGCAUUUCCGAAAGACAGGCAAUUUACAAAAUGCCUUGUCUAUGGAAUUUACACUGUCGAGUUUGUUCAGACGAUGCUCGUCACACAUGACGCCUUUGCAAUGUUCGGUUACGGCUUCGGUGAUAUCGAGGCCCUCACUGAUAUGCAUUUUGAUUGGCUCACUGUUCCCAUCAUGAGUGCUGCCGUUGCUUGCGUCGGACAGGUUUUCUACGCAUACCGAAUCUUCAUAUUGUCGAAGUCUCAAAUUGUCCCUAUAUUGGUCACUUGUGUAUCGUUGACCAGUUCCGUGGCAGCUAUAAUCACUGGCGCCUAUUCUUUCGAAGCAGGCAACGUUACGAAACUUAAUAAUCGGAAGACGUCCAUUGCCGUUGGGAUUUGGUGCGGAGCCUCCGCCUUAUGCGACAUUGUUAUUGCUAUCUGUAUGACUUACUACCUUAUGCGCAGCGAUACUGGUUUCCGUCGCACCCGAAUGCUUGUCACGAAGUUGAUUCGUCUUACCAUUGAAACGGGAACUGUGACGGGUAUUGAAUUUACGCCAUCCACACUUGUCACUUUCUACGGGACCCCAGCCCUAAUCAUGCCCAAGCUGUAUGCUAACACCGUUUACAUGGUGCUGAAUUCGCGCAUCCGGAUUUUGGGUGGACGAGAUACCUAUACGUCUUCAAUGGACAUGAGCAUCACGACCACCAUGAUACGGGACACAAAUUCCCAAUCAACACAAGGCACACGGAGAAUGGAUGGGAGGCAAGGGGCGCCAGUGGUUGCCAUAACUAAAGAGGUAUUCAACGAUGAUUACGAGAUGGGACGAAUGAAUGAUAAACCACAGGACAAGCAUAGGCUACCCUGA